GUGAACCAGUAAAACUUGAAGCUCAUCUUGCACUACAGUGUCCUAAUGUUGAAAAACAUGUUAGGCAAUUUUAUUUAUUUUGUGUAACUUGUUGUGAUAAUUUAGAAGAGCAAUUUGAAUAUUCAAAAAAACAAAAAUCAAAUAAUCAACAUAAUCUUACAAAAUAUUUUUCACAAAAAACUGGAGAUGGCUUGUCUGAGAAACAAAUAAAUAUUAUAAAUAUUACAUUAUUAAAAGAUUUUGUAAUGUGUGGGAUUUCAUUUUCAAUAAUUGAAAAUCUAUAUUUUAUCGAUUUGCUUCAAACACUGUGUUCAGAUUAUGAUACACCAUCAAGAAAAAUUCUAGCAGGAUGA